AUGUCGGCGACCUUCUCCAUCCAGCCCAUCGGCCGGUUUGCUGGUGCCAGCCAGCCCGUGAAAAGGCCCAAGGAGUUUGCAUGCUUCUCAUACGACGACAACCAUGAGUUUCACCUCGACGACUCAUCUCUCAAGUACUACUACACGCCACAGCUCGGCGCAGACCUCUCCAAAGGGUUCGACACCUUCCAGAAGCAGGAUGACACGGGUGACGAGCAUCUCGACAGCCUGCUAAAGACCAUCAUCGCCCAUGAGAAGGAGACGGGUAAGAAGAUAGAUGCCACCCUCGUGACAUGGCGAGGCAUGAUGACCAAGAUCAUGGCCACGCCAUUCGACCAGCUCGAUGGCUUCGAGAUGAAUGCCACGCUAUAUCAAGACUGCCUCUUCAUUGAAGAGAAUAACCAAUACAAAGCAGCUUCGCGAGCUAAGGAGGGAAACGGCAAACAGCGGAGAGGGCCUUCCCUCGAGGUGAUGCAAUUCUGGGGAUACAAGUUCGAGACUUUGUCCACAUUACCAAACACUUGGUCUGAGACCUCGAGGGAUUUCAUUGAGAACCGUGAAAACGAAGUCGUCAACAACAAAGCCCAGUACUGUUCCGUCGUCCGCACGGGUGUUGGCAAGACUGUCCUCUGCCUUGGCGGCGAAGUCGAUGCAAUCUGGGAUUGCAAGCCCGAGACAAAGGGUGGUCCGAUCAACUGGGUCGAGCUUAAGACAUCCGCUGAGAUCCGCAAUCAAGGCGACAAGGAGAACUUCCACCGCAAGCUCAUGAAGUACUGGAUCCAGUCGUUUCUUCUUGGCGUACCCAAGAUUAUGGUCGGAUUCCGCACAAGGGACGGCAUUCUCGUUGACGUUAAUGAGAUUGAGACGCACAAGAUCCCAGAGAUAGUCAAUUCGCAGCCCAAUCCUAAGUGGAACGCCGAUAUGUGCGUCAACUUUGCUGGUGCCUUUUUAGAGUGGCUCACCAAGACAAUCAAUGAUGAGGGGGUUUGGAGGAUAGCCCGUCGGCAGCAGUCAGCAACGAUAGAGGUGUACAAGGUUGAGGAGACAGGCCAUGGAGAUAUUCUCUCUGAUGAGUUCAAGGACUGGAGGAUCAAGUUAGCCCUUGGACCGAGCAAUGAAACCUGA